GCGCUCAAUAUUUAUAACAAGGCAGACAGAGGGAAGAGUUCUAGCAGUUCAACUUCGCCACCACCAAAAACAUACUUUUUUUAUUUUUUUCCUAUCUCUAUACAUUCGGACCUCACGUUUCUUUGCUGGGGAAAAACAGCUGUGACUCCAGCCUUCACGCGAGCAGGAUCUCGGUUGUAGAAACUACUGCGUGAAGAUGUCUGCAGCGCUUCUAUCUGCCUUCUACGAUAUCAACGAUUUCUUGUGCAACAAGAACGAAAAAUCCCUGAAUAACUACAACAACUUCAAUAGCAUGCUGGAUAAAAAGGCAGUGGGGACCCCUGUAACAAGUUUUGCACCGGGAUUUCUAAGACGGCACUCGACCAGCAACUUGCAAGCGCUGGCCAAUAGCUCGUCCAGCAAGUAUCCCAGUUCAUCUUUCCCCAACAUCAAGGAAUCGAACAACACGGCCAUGCUGAACAAAGAGAACAAGUUCCGUGAUCGCUCGUUCAGCGAGAGCGCGGAGCGGCUUCACCAGCAGCAACAUCCGCCACUUAGCCCGCUCCACCUUGUCCAGCAGCAGCAGCAACAACAACAGCAGAAGCAGCCAGGCGGAGGCGGGGGGCAGGUCAACUCGACCCGCUACAAGACGGAGUUGUGCCGGCCUUUCGAGGAGAGCGGCACCUGCAAGUACGGCGACAAGUGCCAGUUCGCGCACGGCAUGCACGAAUUGCGAAGCCUGACCCGCCACCCCAAGUACAAGACGGAGUUGUGCCGCACAUUCCACACCAUCGGCUUCUGCCCCUACGGCCCCCGGUGCCACUUCAUCCACAACGCUGAGGAGAGGAGGCAGGCGCCGACCAACAACAACGCCGUCAACUCUUUCCACCAGCAGCAGCAGCAGCAGCACCAUCCGCGACCCAAGCUUCACCACAGCCUCAGCUUCUCGGGCUUCCCCAGCGCCUCCAGCGGACUCGAGUCGCCGCUGCUGGAGAGCCCGACCUCCCGCACGCCCCCUCCGCCCUGCUCCUCCUCCUCCUCCGCCGCCUCCUCGUUCGUCUUCUGCGACGAGCUGCUGUCGCCCACACUGCCAGCCUGCGCCAACAAUGCCUUCACUUUCUCCAGCCAGGAGCUGAGUAGCCUGCUCACCCCGCUGGCCAUCCAGACCCAGCAGCUGGCCGGUGGUGGUGGAGGCUCCGGGGGAUACAGCCAACAACAGUCCGCCGGCGGGUGCCCGCCCUCUCCCCCUUACCUCCUGAGCCAUGUGCAGUCGUGCCUGCGGCGACUGGCCGAUUCCCCGGUGUUCGAUGCCCCGCCGAGCCCACCGGACUCCCUCUCCGACCGGGAGAGCUACCUGAGCGGCUCGCUGAGCUCCGGUAGCCUGAGCGGCUCCGAGUCCCCUAGCAUGGACCCGGGCAGGCGCCUGCCCAUUUUCAGCAGGCUUUCCAUCUCCGAAGAUUAAAGCAACAAAACAAAAAUAAAACGAGAACUGCUCUAUUUAACAGAACUUAUUUACGAAUUGCAAACAAAAAAAUCCUGCCAAGAAAAUGCCUUCAUUAAGGAAACAAAUAUUACAGGACUUGCUAUUUUUGCCUUGUUUUAAAGAAAAAAAGAACUUCAUUCCAAACUUUGUUGCAAGUUAAUCUAUUUUCCAUUGCCACCUAGUGGCCCGUUUGGCUUUAGGGAGAAGAGAACCGUGUUGCAGAUUUUUUUGUGAGGCACUCGGUUCGUUGAGUUAGUUGUAAUUGUUGAAAUAACUGCUGAUUGUUAAAUUUUUUUUAGCUGUUGAGUUGAUGUGAGCACAUCGCAGUACAACUCGCUAUAAAACUAUUUAACUUAUUUAUUAUCUCGAGAAAGUAUACAUUGGUAAUUUGUUCAUACUGUAUUUAUCGCGUAUGAUGAAAACAAUAGAUAUAUAUUCUUUUAUUAUGUUUAAAUUAUGAUUGCCAUUAUUAAUCUGCAGAAUGUGGAGUGUGUUCUUUUCACAGUAAUAUAUGCCGUUUUUGUUUUUUGUAACUUCACUUGGUUAUUUUAUUGUAAAUGAUAAAAUCUUAAUUUAAGAGAUUGUAUGUAAUAUUUAUUUCAUUAAUUUUUUUCCUUGUUUACGAAAUGAACGAUUGCAUGGUUUCUAUGUGCUAGAAAUCAGUUCUUGAUGCUGUGGAACUAGUUAGGAUUGACGAAGGUAGGCUUUUUUUAAGAAUGUAAAGUAACUGGGGAUGUUAGACCGUCCAAAGUCAGUGGUUGAAACUUUAAGUAUCAGACUUUAAAUGUGGCAUUCUUAAGUCAAAGUGGCAUCAUAAAGUUUUUGUUGUAUAAAUGACACUGUGAUUUUUUUUUCUUUUUGUUUCCCUUUUUAUUAAAAAAAAUAAAGAGCCAAAAUAUGUAGCACCCUGGACCCAGUAUUAUAUUGACAGUGCCUUCAGGGUCCAGUUACAGAGACAGUUAUUUUUUUUUCUUAACCAAAAUAACAAGUUUCAGAACAAAUGUGCAUUCCCUUUUUUUAAAAAAAAGUAUUUUUUUACAAUUGGGGGAUGUCAGUUCUCUGAAUGUAAUAGUUUUUUGAAAAUGAACUUUGUUUAAAAGCAAGCUUUCUUCCCAGAAGAAAGGGGAGAUAAGAGAGACAUUGCCACCACUUUGAUUAGUGAGGGGCCACCUCCUAGGUCUGAACAGUUUUUGAAGUAAAUCUGAAAUGUCUGGAGAGUGGAACUCUGCUUUUGUUUUUUUUCUGGGAUUUGCUAUUAAAACAAAAAAGGAAAAAAAAACUUCACAUUUUCCAAGACAGUGGGUGAAUGAUAGUAGGUUUAGUUUGUACAUAGUAGGUACAGAUUAUGAGCACUAUGUACUCUCUUUUGACUACUUUAACAGAAGUAUCCUUUGAAUGUAACAAAAGGAAAAAAAAACUUGUUUAAAAUACUUGGGGUGUCAGUUCACUACAGAUUAUAGUGUGAGACUGUAAAAAUUUGUACUGUAAAUUUUUUGUAGUUCUCCCAAUAAAAUCAUUUUUGAAGAAAGA